CAGUGCUGAAGGAGAGAGUUCAGAGAGCGAGAGUCCUUGUAAAAGCAUUCCUAUUGUUUUCUCCUCUCGGAAAAUCCUCCAAAAAUCCUUGCCACCAUGUCCGGAUCUCCUGGAAUCCCUGGUCAAUUCGGCGACCAGCGUGCACCACCGAAGAUAGUCUACGAGGAGGAAGACUCCUCAGAAGAAGAAGAAGAAGAAGAAGAUUAUGAUGACGGUUUGAAUAAGACGCUGCCUCCAAACUUUAAAUUCAGACAUAAGUCCCAGCCUGUAAUGACGUCAUCAAUGCUCCACCCAACCCACCAGUCCCGCUCCUCUCCGAUGCACACCCCGCCCCAGGAUGGGGAGGGGUCUCCUAAUAAUCGAUCCGGAACCGGACUAAGGCGAAGCAAACCUGUCGAUUCGUCUCAGAAACCUAACUGGUCGCGGUAUCGCGAGAGACAACUUGGAAAGAGCGAUCCUUCAUUGUCACCCGAAACUGCUACUGGAUUGUUUAGUCCGGAGGAAAGUUUUGAAGAUCAUGAUCAUGAAUCAGAACUGGCAGAUCAUCUAUCGGCCCAUUUAAGGUUGCCUCCUAGCAGAACUCAGAGUCUCAAUCAGCCCAAGUCGCCUCGUUCUCCUCGUAUAUCCUCCCCAUCACCUUGUGGCAGCCCUAGAACAUGGUCUCCUUCUAUUACAAAUUUUGAGAGAUUUAGUCAUGGAAGAAGGUCUGAGAUGAGGAAUGACAUGAGGCGUUGGUCUUUAGUCUCUCAGUCUUCUGGUUACACUACCUAUACUUCAGCCACUGACUCACCUGCCUCUCUCUCUUCUUAUCCUUCUCAGGAACACAUACACGCCCCACAAGAUCACACCAACAACCAAUUACCUACUACACCAACUCCUGAAGAUUUCGCGAAACUACGUAAGCACUUCAGAAGUGAUUCCAGUGGCAGUAGCAGCAUUCAUGUGGACGACGACCUUCACAUCGCGACCCACAGGCUCCGAGCACGAAGUCUCAGCCCGGAGAGGUCUCCACGAGAGAGCCUCUUGGAUCUUGACGAUACUCAUGCCAUUUUCCGGGAGAAAUACCCCCGGGCGAAACUAGAGAUGGAGAAUCAGCUGGUUACUUUUAUGAACGAGUUCUCUGAGACUAAUAGACAGUUUUCGGACUCAAACGUGAAUUUUGCUCGUCAUCAGAUACUAGAGUUUGCAAGGGAGCUGCUCUUCAAGUCGCAGAAUGACCUCCUCAGUAAAGAAGUGUUUAUUCAGUUCUCGGAGAAUGUUCUUCAAGCAGUCACUAAUGUUCGCGAGAGAAAUGGUGCUGAAUCCCCUGAGCUCAAUCAGCUAGUUAGGAAACUUCUCACAGUCAUAUCCCGCGUGGCAAGACUGGUCGAAAUAAUAGAGUUUGAUCCAAACGCUUUUAGCGCUAGCGUCCUUCAGCUGGCAGGAGGAGAAGGAGGAGCUAAAGGGGAGGGAGGAGAGAGCUCUGAGUGGUUACAGAAACUGACCUCGUCUCAUAUGCCUUAUAUACUAAACAGGCUGAACCAAACACUCGAAAAUAACGAUGGAGAUUCUGCUCCAAAAUUGUCCAAAGAAAGACCUUCAUCUCUACAUCUCUCACUUGACCAGAUCCAACCAAGAAAAGAAGAUUUUGAUGUAAUUAAAAUUAUUAGUAACGGAGCUUAUGGUGCUGUAUACCUUGUGAGACACAAGCAAACGAGAAUGAGAUUCGCCAUGAAGAAAGUUAACAAGAAGAGGAUGAUAAUGAAGAAACAAGUCCAGAGUGUUUUCAACGAGAGAGACAUUCUAACGUUCUCUGAAAACCCGUUUGUUGUUGGUCUCUGGUGCACCUUCCAGACAAGACAACACCUGUACAUGGUAAUGGAGUACGUUGAGGGAGGAGACGUGGCUGCACUCUUAAAAGGCGUUGGGUAUCUGACACUUGAACUAGCCACUAUGUAUUUCUCUGAGACAGUACUGGCCCUGGAAUAUAUACACAGUCACGGGAUCAUCCACAGGGACUUGAAACCAGACAAUUUGCUAAUCACUUCAGAAGGACACAUCAAACUAACCGACUUUGGUCUCUCUAAGAUCGGACUCACAAACUAUGCUGCUCACGUCAUAGAAGAUGCUUGGGCCAAAGACUAUCAGUUUGUCGAUCAAGAAGUCUACGGAACACCGGACUACAUCGCACCUGAAGUUAUCCUGGGAAUGCCUUAUGGUUUUCCUGUUGACUGGUGGUCAAUGGGAGUGAUACUGUAUGAGAUGAUGAUGGGCGUGACUCCAUUCGUGAGCUCAACUAUACAGGACCUAUUUGAAGAGAUCACUAAUGAAAAUCUUCACAUUUCUUUCCCCGAAGAGGAUGAGAUUCCUGAUGACGCUCAAGACCUCGUCCGUCAGCUAAUGUGCUUUGAUCCGAUGUAUAGGCUGGGGUCGACGGCGAGAGAGGGCGUGUCUGGGGUAAAGUCGCACCCUUUCUUCUCCGAGAUAGACUGGAACCUAUUGCUGAGGACAAAGGCGGAGUUUAUACCACAGCUAAGAGGAGAUGAUGACACCAGUUACUUUGACACUCGUGAAAACAGAUAUCCUCAAAAUGAAUUUGCAAGUGACGAGGAACCGGACGGUGAUACUGAUCAACCCUUUGAUAACUUCUCCUCUACUGCUCCAAGAAUGUACCUCAAUGAGAGCUUUAGGAUAUCACUGACAGAUUCAACACUCGGCCUUGAUGGCUCUAAGGAGGCUAACAGGGACAGCGGUAUUGUGGAACAGGAGCCAGCCACCAGCAUACUGGAGAAACCUGUUGUAAACAUUCUCAAUGAAACAAGUGAGUCUGGAGGUGUCGAAGAAGACGAAGAAGAAGAAGGUCCUAUCACUAAUAUUGAUGAUUUUGACGAGGAACCCUCAACUAACACAAUACUUGCUGACUUGACCUUGCGAGGGACGAGAACACCACUCGCCAUCACCCACAGCUACAGUCUAGACGAACGGGAACAUCCCCACUCACCCUCGUCCAAUGAUGAGAGACCCAUCGUUAGUGGUAGUACUGGGAGGAGUAGUAAGUACAGGCCAAGCAGUGGGGAGAGGAUGAAGAGUAAAUCGAGACAUCAUCAGCUGUCUAAUAUUGCAAUAACAUCAACUUCAUUGACCCCUGGCGAUGGGUCUCCCUCCAGUCCACGUAACUCAAUGGCAGUCACACCAAUAGUCAUUGCUAAUGAUCGUAAAGGAUAUGGAAUGACACUCAAACCAAUAAGAGUUUAUAUAGGGGACUCCAACAACUAUAGAAUACAUCAUAUAGUCCAGUCUGUCGAUAAAGAUGGCCCCGCCUACAAAGCUGGGCUAAGACCAAACAUGUUAGUGACACACAUCAAUGGAGAAGCUGUUACUGGACUACAACAUGUCCAAGUUGUCAGUUUAAUGUUCAAGAACUCGAAGAAAGACGCGUCUGCGAAGGCAAAAGAUUCCAAAGAGCCCAAACACAAGCGUGAAAGAGAAAACUCCAUCCUCACCAUACACACGAUACCAUUAGAUCAGACGAGUAUAAAGCAAGACUCUAGAAAGAGGAUACCAUGGCUCGGAAGAAGAAUUGGGAAAAUUUUACGGAAACAUUCGUCUCGUGUCAAGAAGCGUCCUUCUUUUUUCCGUCGCGGGAAAAUGCGAAGCGUUGACACGACCUCGCAGUCUUUCACAUCGUCUUUUGGCUCGGGAUCUCCGAAACUUUCCUCGUCCCCGAGGAGGGCGGAGUCAAUGAAAGACCGAGUCCGUCAGCACUGGAGAAAAUCUGGGAGCGGCAGUACCUCAUCAAAACACGGAAAGACCCCGGUAUCACCUCUUGCCCGUUCAACAUCACCCGUUGCACUAUCAAGCGUCCUUACGCCAAAUAGCAGCCCACCCGGCUCCGUACAAAAUCUCUCCUCGACCACGCCUCCCAAUUCUCCUCCAACCACUCAUAAAGAACGUCACUCGAUGUUUGCCGAGUCGAGUCUCCUCACACAUACAAAGAAAUCCGUGAGCUCUAGCGAGCUUUUCCUAUCUACCGCAGCGACCAAAAAGAACUCUUCUCCUCAUACUUCUCCGCUACUUAAAAGAGCCGUUUCCCCUUCCCCUGAACAGACUUAUAAAGUUUCAGGAAGUGGUGGAGGUAGUGGUGGAAAGACGCGUAAAUUCAGUACACUUGAGAGGAGUACGAUACCACGAACAAAGAAAGACUCUGUCAGCUUCAUAAUGUAAAUAUUUCAUUGUUUAUCUUUCUUGUCUCGUUUUGUGCCUAGUCUGUUGGUUUUGCCGUUUUGCUGUUUUUCUUUCUUUUUGUUUUUUCUUGUUUUGCUGUGACUUACGUUUACGUCUUGCCUGUUUGUUUUCAUAAUCAAAAUAAUAAUUAUUAUUUAUAUUAUUUCACUCUCUCUCCCUUCCUCUAACUCUUGCUUUCUUUGUUCCUCACCUGUUCAUGUGUUAUAAUUUAAACCUGCUAUAAUAAA